GAUACCCCGCAUCUCCAACUUUUUUUAUUUUUUCUCUCGCUCAUGGGCUACAUGAAAAGGCUUCCUCUAAAUUUUUGUCAGGGUCCAAUGGGCUUUAAUAGAAAGGCACCUUCAGUUUUACUAAGUUUAGACUUCCUUCGUCACCUCCUUCUCCGGCGCCGUCUCCGAUCAAAAGUGAAACCUGCUUUUCCUGCUACUUAAUUCUCCAGAAGCUUACCGUGGGAUGAUGAUCCGAAUAAGCACCGGUGUUCAUCGCCGUCUGUGUUUUCGAUUCUCAACUCUCGCUACCUACGUUGAGCUAGAUCGAGCAUCUGCAAACCCUACCGUCUCCAAACCUCUCGUCUCGAGAAACAGGAACACAAUCCCGAUCCCCCACAGGAGCAACCCCGAACCCAAGGGCCAAGAUCUUGACUUCGUCAACGUAGCUCAUAGCCACCUGAUUCAAUCCGACUGGGACAAGCUCGAGAAGCUAUCGCACCACUUGGAUUCAUUCAGAGUCAAGAACGUACUACUCAAGAUCCAGAAAGAUUACGUUCUCUCUCUCGAGUUCUUCACCUGGGUGAAACACCAGAGCCCAGGCUCCCACUCUCUCGAGACCAACGCCAUCGUCCUCCACACUCUCACCAAGAACCGCAAGUUCAAAUCAGCAGAGUCCAUCUUGAGAGAGAUACUCUCAACCGGUGGAAUAGAUUUGCCUGCGAAGCUGUUCGAUGCGUUGCUGUAUUCGUACAGGGAGUGUGACUCCACGCCUCGAGUGUUUGAUUCGCUCUUCAAAGCUUUCGCUCAUUUGAAUAAGUUCAGAAACGCUACGGAUGCGUUUGUGAAGAUGAAGGAGUACGGUUUCUUUCCGAAUGUAGAGUCUUGCAAUGCGUACAUGAGCUCGCUGAUUGGUCAAGGGAGGGUUGACAUCGCUCUGAGGUUUUACCGAGAGAUGAGGCGGUGUAAGAUAUCUCCCAACACCUACACUCUCAACAUGGUUAUCUCCUGUUACUGCAGGUCUGGGAAAUUGGACAAGGGUGUUGAGUUGUUGCAAGACAUGGAGAGGUUGGGUUUUAAGGCUAAUAGCGUGUCGUAUAAUACGUUGAUAGCUGGUCAUUGUGAGAAGGGUCUUUUGAGUUCGGCUUGGAAGCUUAAGAACGCGAUGGGGAAGAGCGGGUUGCAGCCUGAUGUGGUUACUUUCAACACUCUUAUUCACGGGUUUUGUAGAGAUGUGAAGUUGAAAGAAGCUAGUAAGGUUUUCGGGGAGAUGAAGGCGGUGAACGUGGCUCCAAACACUGUUACUUAUAACACUUUGAUUAAUGGGUACGGUCAGCAGGGUGAUCACGAGAUGGCGUACCGGUUUUAUGAAGAUAUGGUCUUCAAAGGGAUUAAGCGUGAUAUUUUGACGUAUAACGGGUUGAUUUUGGGACUGUGCAAGCAAGCUAAGACGAAGAAAGCUGCACAUUUUGUUAAGGAGUUGGAUAAAGAGAGUUUGGUGCCAAACUCGUCGACCUUCUCUGCGUUGAUAAUGGGACAGUGCGUGAGGAGAAACGCAGACCGUGGUUUUGAACUGUACAGAAGCAUGAUUAGGAGCGGUUGCCAUCCGAAUGAACAAACAUUUGAUGUCUUGAUGUCCGCCUUCUGUAAAAAUGAGGAUUAUGAUGGAGCAGCUCAGGUGUUGAGGGAAAUGGUCAGAAGAUCAGUUCCUCUUGAUUCAAGGACUGUUCAUCAGGUCUGCAAUGGACUAGAGCAUCAAGGGAAAGACCAACUUGCGCAAGAGUUGGUAAAGGAGCUGGAAGCCAAAAAGAGUCUUCAAGAACCUUUAUGAAAGACACUAUCAACAGCAAGGAGAUGUGAUCACAUAAGUAGAAGAGAGGUGCACUGGUUGAUGGGGUUCCAAGGGUUGAGGUUGGGGCUUUUUCUGUAACCGGAGGUAGUGGUGGCUCAGUGACAUCAUCAGCAUCUGUGAAUACCGGGUUUGGAGCAGGUGGAUUGGGGUCUUAAGAUUUGACUUGAGUCACGCAGGAAAGACAUUAUCAACAGCAAGAAGACAAGGAAUGAACAUC